AUGCUGAUCCUGACGUGCCCGGCCCAGCUGCAGCGCCUGGAGGGGGCCCUGCGGAGGAGCCUGCCCCUCGCCCUGCCGGUCCACGGGGCCGUGAGGAACAUCAACCGGGGCAACCCGGGCGAGUUCGAGGUCGUGGUGGACUCGUGGCCCCACUUCGGGGCCGUGCUGGCGCGGCGCAGCGGCGAGAUGCCGGUGGAUGACUGCUACAGGAACAUGCACGCGGCUUUCUACCGGGACGUGGGUGCCUACCGAGCGCUGCUGGAGACCCCUGGCUGCCUGCGCUGGGACACUGCCUUCCACAUCUUCGGCCUGCAGGAGGGGGUGGCCACCAUGUCGCAGGCCAUCGCGGGGGCCAAGGGCAUCGAGCUGGAGGUCUCCGAGUACUACACCUACGUGCACCCCGACCCCAGCACCCUGCCCGAGCCCCGGCUGGCCCCCGGCGUGCAGGUGGGCUCGCUGAGCCCGGCGCACGUGGAUCUGCUGAACGAGACGUGGGCGUACGGGGGCAACGCGCGCAGCCGGCGGUCGGGGGUGGGGGGGCGGUCCCCCAGCCUCUGCCUGCAGGACGGGGCCGGGCAGCCCCUCUGCUGGGCCCUCACCGACCCCUUCGGGACGGGGGCCCACGGCUACACCCUCCCUGCCCACCGCCGGCGCGGCCACAUGCGGGCGGUGCUGGCCAUCGCGGCUCGUCGGGCGCAGGCCCGUGGCUUUCCCGCCUUUGGGCACACGGCCACGGGCAACCGGCCCAUGCAGCGGCUGCAGGAGGAGCUGGGCCACCAGCGACUGCCCGGGCUUUGCCACUUUGUCCUGCACAACCCCGGCCUGGGCAGGGCUGGACCCUGA